AUGACUGCCCCUAACAAAGAAACCAGCCACCAGUACAUGCCCAUUGAAGAGAAUACACCGAUGCCGGUAUUAUCCGCUGAUAUGGCUGUCCAUGUUGGUACUGAUGCUAAAAGUACAAGUUGCAAAAGAAAGAGGGGAAUGGACAGAGUAACCAAACAUUCCGGAGACCCGAGUAGUACUUCUAGUAUUGCUUUGCAAGAAGCUCAAAAGCUUGUCCAGGGAUUGCCUGAGGGGUCUCCUAGUUUUACUAAGUUGAUGAAGUCAACACAUGUUAGGGGAAGUUUUUGGUUGAGCCUUCCUGCAAACUUUUGUGAAAGAUAUUUGUCAAAGUGCGAUCAAAAGAUUGAUUUAGAAGAUGAAGCUGGUCAAACUUAUCAAGUAACAUAUCUCACAAAGAACCAUGCAUUUAGUGGUGGAUGGAGGGGAUUUGUACAGGCACACAAAUUAUCUAAGGGUGAUGUGCUAAUAUUUCAACAGAUCAUGCCUCUUAAGUUCAAGGUGAUUAUUGUCAGAGGCAAUGAUCAUGAAGAAGCAGAAGGAGGAGAAGAAGAAAAAGAUGAUGAUGAAGAAGAAGCUCUUACCUUACUCAACUUAUCAUCUUCAGAACAAGGUCUGGAAGAAGAAGAAGAAGAAGCAGCAGCUGUUACCUUAGUCACCUUAUCAUCUUCCGAACAAGACCCUAGAGAAAUGGUUAGAACCAGUUGUCAGCUCCCUGCAGAGAGGCCUACUACAAGUACACUCCUGAUCUGUGACACUGACAGAAACUUAUCUCUCAACCUUGAAAAGUUUCAAACUGAUCUGCGGGACUGUGAUGUAUAUGAUAAGCUCCCGGAACAUCUCAGAAUCAAGUACUUUGAGCUCUGCAGUUCCCAGAAUAAGCUCCUGCACCAAUAUCUGAAGGGUAAAGAGAACUCCAUAUAUGCUGCUGGAAUGAUUGCAGGGGUGACUGCUGUAUCUGAUUCAAUAAGAUCCAGCAACCUAAGCACCCCACUUGAUAGGCUCAAAGACUGGGACAGACAGUUAGAAGGUUUUGAGCACUUGGGCAUGGAGGUCAGCUUUAUUCGUGAUCGGCUGCACCGACUAACAAGUCUUGCAGAUAAUCCAAACAGGGAAGAAGGAUCGACAAGGAUUAGAGAAGCAAUAAGCGAGAGAGAUAUUGUAAUAGACAAGGUUGUGGAGAUGAAUAAGGCCAUCCAUAGUCUUAAUAAAGAAAUUAAACGUCUCCAGGAUAAAGAGAUGAAGGAUAGACUUAAUUACGUUAAAGAAGCUGGAGCAUCUUGGUGACUGAGAUUGUUUGCAGCUUACGGGAGAUGCAGCAUAUUAGUCUUUUUCAUAUAUAUUCAAUUUUAUUCAGUUAGUUUGUUAUGCUCAACUGCUGUAGUUUGUGUGAAAUAUUGAGCAUCUUGUUCUCAUUUCUGAGCAACAA